AUGAAUAUCGACAAUGACAAACCUUGUAUCACUAACAUAGGAGAGAUGGACAUCGUUGGCAUCACUGACCAAGACAUGAUGAAUAUCAAUGAAAAUGAACCCCAGAUCACUGACAAGGGAGGGAUGAAUGUUGUUGGCCUUAAUGAUGAGGAUGUGAUGAAUAUCAUUGAUGAGCAUGAACACAAUCAGAUGGAAGACAUGCACAUCAUCAGUCUCAAUGACAACUUGGACACAAUGAAUGUUUAUGAAGAUGAAUAUGAACAGAUUGUAAUGAGAGACAUCAUUGUUGUCAGCCUUGACAACAACAAUCAUAUGCAUAUCGAUGAGGAUGGUUUGGAUGUCGUAUUUUGGAAGUGA